CUGCGGCCAUUUUGUUUUGCGGUGCUGGUAUUUAGAGCGCAGCGGCUGACUGCCCGGUAGCCUUCGCCGCCGCGUCUGGUCGCUCGCCUCGCGCUCGCUGCCGGCCGCCUGCCCGCCUCGCCCCGCUGGUUCUCGCCCCCGCCGCGGCCUGCUGAGCUCGCCCCCUCCCCUCCUGCAGACAUGUCCGAGGUCAAGAGCGGCGGCCCCGAGUACGCCUCCUUUUUCGCGGUCAUGGGCGCCUCGGCCGCCAUGAUCUUCAGCGCCUUGGGUGCUGCCUAUGGUACCGCCAAGAGUGGCACCGGCAUCGCGGCCAUGUCUGUCAUGCGACCAGAGCUGAUCAUGAAGUCCAUCAUCCCAGUGGUCAUGGCUGGUAUCAUUGCCAUCUAUGGCCUGGUGGUGGCAGUCCUCAUUGCCAACUCCCUGAAUGAAGGCAUCAGUCUCUACAGGAGUUUCCUACAACUGGGCGCUGGCCUGAGUGUGGGCCUCAGUGGGCUGGCAGCUGGCUUUGCCAUUGGCAUUGUGGGUGACGCCGGUGUGCGGGGCACUGCCCAGCAGCCCCGACUAUUCGUGGGCAUGAUCUUGAUCCUCAUUUUCGCCGAGGUGCUGGGUCUCUAUGGUCUCAUCGUCGCCCUCAUCCUCUCCACAAAGUAGCUCCUCUCUAAGCCCACCAGCCACAGGAUAUGAUGUAAAGACCACCCCCUCCUCAUUCCAGAAUGAACAGCCUGAUACACAUGCACGGGGCAGCUGCCCCCCUCUGCCCCCAAGUAGUUGGUCUUGUAAAUGCGCAGUGUCCUAGUGCCCAUCGUCUGUUGCCCCCACCCGCCCCGUGCCGUGGACAUCUGGGCCCACUCAUCAUCACCCAUCCAGGUCCCCCGACCAGUGAGGAUGGUGGCUUCUAGCCACCCCCACCCAUUUACCUGCCCUAGAGUGCUCUGUGUAUAGGGAUGAAUUCGAGUUGUCGUUUUCACUGGAUGUUUAUUUAUAAAGAUUUGACCUGUUCGCACGUCUGUGGAGCAGCCCUGCAGUCUCCCAACUAUAAUAAUCUUUAGAGUGUUGCUUUGUGGGGUUACCGUGUGCCCUGAGGUUUUUUUGUAUGGAACCACUGUCCUCCAGCCCUAGCUGCGGGGCCAUGAGCUGGGCCUGCCAGGCCCAGAGCCGUGUCCAAUAAAAUUCUCGGAUGUGACUGGA